AUGUUACAGUUAUUAGCAAAACGAGCAUGCAUAACUAAUCAGCAAACAUUUAAUUUCUCUAAAUCAAUUGUCCGUAAUAGUUAUUACUUGGUAAUACCAGAAUUACCACCCACUGUUGAAGGCAGUGAUGCAGUAUUUCAUUCUGAAUCAUUUCCAUCAUUUGAACAUGCUUCACCACAAGCUGUUGUAAGUGGGGGUCUUCGACUAUGUUCACAAAUUGAUACCGCUAUUCAACAACAUGUCGACAAAUUAGCACAUGAGUCAUCAAAACCAACAUUUGAAUCUAUAUUUCAUCCAAUUGAAGAUUACAAUAUUCCAUUUGAAACUGGCUAUUAUACGAUUCGCCAAUUAGCACUUGUUAGGCAAAGAGCAUUUGCUAAAUUAUUUUCCAAAUUUGAUAGUCAUUUUUCUGCUCAUCGUGAAUUUCGUUUUCAAGAUCCAGUUCUUUUCAAUCUUAUUCAAAGUCUAACUACGGAUGAAAAUUCAACGAAAUUAAAAGAUUGGCAAAAAACAUUAAUGAAUACUUAUAUAUACUAUGGAAAAUUAAAUGGUUGUCAUUUAAAAAACGAAGAACUUGAUCAAAUGCAAAUGGUCAAUGGAAAACUUAAUCAAUAUCAAUAUAGUUUUGCCCAAAAAGUUCUCUAUGCUAAUAAGACAUUUUCACAUCUUGAACUCGAUCCAUUCGCUUUUGAUGAUGUACCAUAUCAUAUAAAACAGCAAUUUGCUGUUGAUAAAGCUAAACCAGAUUCAGGACCAUGGAAAAUUGAUUUAUCUGAUCGAACAUUUCAUACAAUAAUGUCUUAUUGUGGUAAUCGACCAUUGAGAAAACUGAUGUUUGAAUCUUAUUAUGGUCGUGCAUCACCAACUGUUGAUCGACUAAAUCGAAAUGUUGAAAAUAUUGUUGAAAUAAUUCGACGAAGAAAGACAAUUGCUAAAUAUCUUGGUUAUUCUUCUUUUGCUGAUAUUAUCCUACUCUCUAAAAUGGCUCGUACGAAAGAAACAGUACAGGACUUCAUUGAAACAACACGUUCAAAAUUGAAACCAAUUCAUGAUGAAAAUAUUCGUCAAUUGACUUCAUACGCACAAGAAAAAGCAAAGAAACCAAAAGAAUACGAACAAUUACAAUCAUGGGAUAUUGCCUAUUGGCGUCAAAGGCAAUGUCAAGAUUUGUAUUCAUCAUUAAAAAUUGAUUCAUUACAUAUAAGUCGACAUUUUUCAUAUGAUAAUGUUUUACAAGGACUUUUCAAUUUUGUUGAAUUUCUAUUCGGUGUUAAAUUUCAACCAGAAAGCAAUUUUGAUGAGCAAAAUAAAUGGCAUAACGACGUACAAGUUUAUAAAUGUACUGAAAAUGGAGCAACGAUUGGACAUUUGUUGAUUGAUGCAUUUGCAAGGCCAAAUCAAAAAUCUGAAAUAUGUGCUGGCUUAGCAGGACGAGAUCUUUGUCAGCGUCAUAAUAUUUUACCGGUUGCUUAUCUAAACAUGAGUUUGCCACGUAUUGAAGGAACAGCGACUUUGAUGAAUUUAUCACAGCUCAAAGAAAUGUUCUUUACUUUUGGUCGCGUUCUUCAAGUUCUUCUCACUCGUUCACCAAACCAUGAACUCUCUGGCAUACGUAAUGUUGAAACUGAUGCUCUGGAUAUUGUUCCCAAUUUCUUCCUUCAAUGGCUUCGUGAUCCAAGUAUUCUUUCUUAUAUAAGCCAAAAUAUUGAAACGAAACAAGUACUCGAUGCUUCAAUUUAUAAUCGAGCUUUAAAUCAAAUCGAUCAGCAUAUGAUAGCACACGAUGUACUUCGACAAUUAUAUUUAAGUGCACUUGAUCUUGAACUUCAUUCGAAUGCAACAAAUUAUUAUGAUGCUAUGGCUAAAUUAUGGUCUUUAUUUACGCCAGUACCAUUACAUAAUCGUGAUUUUCAUCCGUGCAGUUUCGAACAAAUCUUUUCCGAACAAUUAGCAUCAGCUUAUUAUUCACAUAAAUGGUCUGAAAUGAUUGCAUGCGAUUUAUUUAAUGCUUUUAAAGAAGUAGGAAUUACUGAUAAAGAUAGAGUUGCAGCACUAGGAAAAAGAUUUCGUGAAACAAUCUUAGCACGAGGUGGUACAAUCGGCAUGCAAGAACUCUUUCGAGAAUUUCGAUCCCGUGAUCCAAGUUAUGAACAUUAUGUUCAACGAUUAACAACUCAAUUUUAA